GGGCUCGCUCACGGCGAGCACGCUCUCGAAGUUGUUCUUGUUUUCAGCUUCAACUUCACACUUGAAGUCAGCAUUGUGAGAGCUUCGCGCCGAGACUCAUCAUUGUUCUGUAUCAUCACACCUAUCUAGCUUGGUGCAGGAUCGCCGAACCACGGCAACAAGACCAUCAUCGUAUCUGUUUCUCACUAUACCCCAUUUUUAACUAUUGUUUUAUUACCACAUAUCAUGAUGGCCUCUGCGACCCCCAUUGUCACGGCUUUGCCGCAGGCUCAGUCCGCUGCCUCCCCCACCGCACAACUACCGGCAAACUCGCCAAUCAUGAGAAGCCCAAGAAGUCCAAAUUCACCCUUGAGAGGUCCCAAGUUGACCUUGGUGGUGACAAACUCCCCUUUGAGCAGUGCCCCCAACUCGGCAAAGGUGGCAACCCCCAACAUUUCCGCACUUCCUCUGUCUCCCGGAUCGCCUGGCAUUGUCACGGCAAUCCCAUUGUCUCCGGCUGUUGGCAAUCCCCGCACUCAAUUCCCGUUGACUCCCGCUCCCAACGGCCCGUUGACGCCGGCACCCGCCCCCAAACCCAAUGCUCACACGCUUACUCCCCACCCCAAUGCGAUUCCGCUCACUCCUGCGACACCGGCUACACCAGCUACUCCGGCCUACCUCCACCCACUUACUCCUGCUCCCAACUCGGCAUAUCCCAUCAGCCCAGCCAUCGAGACGCCCAGCUCGACCAUCGUCGAAUAUGGAGAGCACCCUACCCUUCAGGGCACGGCGGCAGAGCGAGCAGAUCACAUCUUCAAGCUAUGGACUGCCCGUAACAAGCACGGCCAUGCAAAGAACAACAACACCACCAAAGAUGAGGUGGAUCCCAUCGCCGCCGAUGAGAUCAUCUCGCCAGUCACACCCAUCACACCAAAGCAGAAUGGAGGGCUUGCUCGCAAGCUCGGCAACAAGGGCAUCAAUGACCGAGUCAGCCGCUUCUUAGCAUCCAUCAGCAACACAACAAACGGCGACCCAGACAAAGAGCUCGCCAUUGAGAACCGCAGUCUUCACCAGCAACUCGCCUCCCUCAGGCGUGCUGAGGAAAACCUCCUGGCCGAAAACCAAAGCAUCAGCAAUGAGCUCACUGCAACCAGGAAGGAAUUUGCCCAAGCCAAGAAAGACCGGUCCCUCUUGGAACGCGCGUGGGAGGAGAUGCUUAAAGACAAAGAAGCCAAACACGAAGCCCGCGUCAAGGAGCUCGAAGCCAAGCUUGCCGAGCAAGAAAAGAAGUUCACCAAGCAAGACCAGUACAUCGCUCAGCUCGAGCACAAGAUCAACGUGCAUGAGGACAACCUCUCCGAGCAGGAGGAGACCAUCUCCCGGCUUGAGGUCAAGGUCUCCGAACAAGAAAAGCAACUCACCGAGCGCGACGUUCGCAUUGCUGAGCUUGAGAAGAUCAGCCCCAAGAAGGCCCUCAAGCCCGAACCAGAACAAGGCCUCGUCCUCUCCGAUGCCGACAUCGCCACCUGGUUCGAAACCCGCACCGCAGUCUGGACUUCCUGGGUCGAGGACUUUGCCCACCGCAACCUCAACCGCAUCGCCGAGCUUCACCCCGUUCAACAGAAAGAACUCCUCCGCUCCGUCAGGAAGUUCAUCCGCCUGACCCAAGACGGGCAACUACCCCCCGAACUCCUCGACUCCGCUAACAAUGGCGGCAAAAACACCACCCACCUCAUUCUUUACGCCAUGCUCGCCAACUUCAUCACCUCCGAAGCCCUGUCUCCUCCCUUCUGGGCAUUCAACGCCCUCCAGCGUAACGACCUCGCAGAGCUGACCAGCCCUACUCUCACCCGCCCGGGCAGCUUGUCCCCAGUGGGAUUCAGGAUGGAUCUUGCAUCCUGGGAGUGCAUUCCCCCUUUGCCAGCGGCUUCGUACGUUCCCGUCGGCGUAGCAGAGGUGUAUCAUAACCAGCCGGCAACAGCGCGGUCUGUCGCUACGCUGAGCCCAAGACAAGCACCGCCGGCGGUAAUGAGUUUGCAGUCGGCAGGACUGGAGCUCGAAACACCCGGACUACCGGUGGGAGUGCUCCCAGCUGGACUGCCUAGCGAGGGAGAUCUUCACAGCAUGCAUAACUUCCUUUCCAAAAUCCAAACCACCCCCCUAGCCACACCAACCCUCCGCUCCCAUCUAAUCUCUAUCCUCGCCACCGGCGGCUUGGUCCACGACCCCACGCACCCUUCCCUUCUCAAGUCCGAAGAGCGUCGGCUGCUCGCCGAAGCCCGCAGGGAAUACGCAGUCAAGCUCACCGAGCGCUUCCUCGGCGGUCCUGCUCGCUUCCUGCUGCAAGACCAGGUAGACGCCAAGGGCAUUGCCAAGUUGGAGGGCGUGUUGACGGCGGAAAUCGAUUUGGCGCUGAGGUUCAGUGCGAGGUUGUGGAGUCGGGAGUGGGAGGUUGAGUUUUUGGGACUGGAGGCGCUUGAGGAGAGGGAGAAUGAUGAGGGAGAUGAGAAAGAGAAGGAGGAGAAGGAGGUGGUGAUGGUUGUGCAGCCUGCUAUUGUUCGAAGGGCACAAGAGGAUGGUGACAAAGAGAGAGUGUGGUCUAAAGCGAGGGUGUGGAUGGGGAAGAAGAUUGAGAGGAAGGUGGUGGAAGCUGUACCGGCGCUGGCACAAGGAUCACCGACGAGGCGAGUGGCGACGCCGGGAGUGGUGUCACCGGGGACGGGGAAGAAGACGUUGACGGUUGAGAUUCUUCCGUGAUGACCUAGGCACGAUGCACUAGGGGUAUCAAAAUGGGUUUUCAGGGUUUUUCUUGUUCAUGUUGGACUUGGGUUCAUGGCUGGGUCAUUUACGGGUAGUUUUUCUUCUGCGUUUGUUCACUUCUACUUUCUUCUUAACAUACUGCAUCGC